GAUUUACUGAUUUUGGCAUUUUGAAUGGGGUCAAGUCAGCUUGUUUCCCGCGAUCGGUCUCACUAUUUUACUGUCAUUGCAAUUUGGAAAUUUUAAGGGUUCUGAUUGCACUUCUCGCUGACCUCAAACAAAUCAAAGAAGACAAUCAAAAUGCUUUUCGAUGGCGAAACCGGCAAUGGGCAAGGUCAGGGCCAGAAUACCCUGAAUCCAUUGGGGCCAGGCCAGGAGGAGCCCGCCCUAUGCGAGCAGUACUAUCUGCUGGGCGAUGGUUCCAUCAUUCUGCGCAACCAUUCCAUCGACUUGUCGAAUCCGCCCCUGAAAUCGCGCUGCUGCCAGCUCCCAACACUCAUCCACGACAUAUGCGUCAACUGCGUGAUGGAUCUCUGCGAGGAGUGUGGCUACUCCUGCGGCGAGUGCGCCAAGUUUAUUUGCCGCAACUGCGUGACUUUAUUGUGAGUUAAGUCCCAGAAGGAAGAAGCAUCCCCCUAGGGAAACCCGUUAGUUUAAAAAUCAAUCGACCAUCAUCUUAUUUCCAGUGGUAAUCGAAUUGAAGAAGAGGAGGAUCCGCUGUGCGAGCACUGCCAGAUGUUCCUCAGCUAGGGCAUCAAACAAUCAAGCAAAUGUCAAAUGUAUUACGUUUUAAAGAAUAUAGAGCUAUAUAGUAUUUAACAUUAGGCAAAAAUCUUUGAUCUAUUCUUCGUUAGCGCUGUGCGAGUACUGCCAGAUGUUCGGCUUCACACAAACAAGCACUCAGCAAGGUCACAGUGCUUGUUAAAUUUUAAGUUCU